CCAACAGUUUUCACAGAGGGAAGUGGCGUUUUUAAGGGGGAGGGACCUUGACUCGGCCGGAAGUAGUGUCGGCGCGGGAGCGGAGUGGAGUGGCCUAGCCGCGGGAGGGGAAGGGUUGUUAGUGUUAGGCCUAGCUGGGUAGUGCGGUUGAGCGUGAGGCGAGAAAGAAGAGGCGAUCCUCCAAGGGUGAAAACGGGAGAUCUGCCGAAGAUAACAACCUCCCUUGUGGCCAAAGGGCGGGGGAUCCCCACACGAGGGCUCCGUUUCGAGAGACGGCGACAAAGGAAAGUUCGUAGCGUGUUCCGGAGGCCAGGCCGCCUCUGAGAAGGGAGACGCUGCUGGGUCCGCUGAGCGGGGCGACCCAAGGUUAGUGGAGACGGAUGCGGUCUUUUGACGGCCUUAGUCCCUGCCCUGGUGAAGCCGACUGCGAGGUUCCGCAGGGCGUGCAGGCGGCCUGGGGAUCGCUGCGAAGGGGGUGCGGGCUAACUUAGCUAUUGCCUUUUCUAGAUAUGCAGCUGUCGAGGCCCUGUUUACAAGCGGGCAUAAGGACAGUGUAUUAAGGGAGAACUCAAGAGAAUGGAAAGGUCUUUCGGGUAGUGGUUAAAAUAAAGAAGAGUAGAAACUAGGUUUUUAAAUUUUAAAUGAAAUUAUAUCAGGCAGAAUUUCUGUUGGAUCUCAGGAUGCACCAUCCAAAAAUAAGACUGUAGGAGAACAGAAUAUGCCACCCUACAAUAUACUUCUAGGGUAUAUUUUGAGCUGGUAUUCUGAUAAAAUGCAGACACAGGAGUCACUCUGAAAAUCUGUCCUGUUGUAAAAGAAAUUUACAUCUACAGAGGAAAUAUACAUCAGUAAAGCAUCUGUAUCACGAAGAGGGCAGCUCUGCGAUAAUUUUUGUUACCUGGGAGAUUUUAUCUGCAUACCAAGACAACUUGUAUUCACCGUUUAUUUCCUCCCCUCACCUUUCCACAACUUUGUGGCCAACCAUCCCCCAGAAAGCCGCAAACCACCAUUUCUUGAGUAGCGUAGGAUGCUGUAUAAUCUUCAAUCAUCUGACCAUGGUGGGACUCCUCUGCAUGUGUGGUUAAGUACGGGUUUUUUUUCUUGUUAAUGUCUAUGUCAAGUUAAUUUGUAACCCAGCCAAAGAACCUAGGAGGAUGGAGGGAAGCCGUUUUUCCCUCUCCUACACCUCAGUAACCUACUGCCAGCUGAAGAAAUAGAACAUUACUAAAGCCACCUGUACAUCUUUCUCCUUUUGAAUUACCUUCACUCCGAAGAACUUAUAUAGAAUUGGUCAUAGGAUCACAACUUCUGAGGUCCCAGCAAGAGUCCUAACAUCUAGCAGCUCUACCACCAGGACAGGCCCCCUAAAACUAAUUCCAACAAGCACCUCUGAAGUCUUCUCAUUCACAGGUUAAGGCUACCUUUCCAGAUAGUCCAACAGCUAAAUCACCAGUUUCCAAGGGCAUUUACGUCACCUGUGGAAAGCAUCGGAUCCUCUUACACCAGAUGUUCUUGACAGCUCAUCCCAUCAUUCCACUGCACAAAAGUUGCUAUGCCAGCGGACAACCAAGACAACUACUGAGCUGCUUUUCGUUGUCAAGUAGAUAUAAUAUCACUGCCAGCAAAACAGCACAAAAAGUGUCUCUUCACAGUACCACUACCAAUUGGGACUAUGCUAAGUAAAUCAGCUUGCCUAGAUGAGGACCCCUCGUAUUCUUGGGUAGCCAGGAUUUGAAGGAGAUACUCUGACCUGUGCCACUGGUAAGUGACUAAAUACUUUUACACACUGAACUGGUCCUGAAAACUAAGAUGUCUUCUUUGUAAGUGAAGAAUAUACAACAUAAUCUUGAAGAACAGCACAGUGGUGUGGGCCGCAAGCAUACUUUAUGUGCAUAAUGGACUGAAAGACAAAUUAAUCUUGGCGAAAGGAUUUUUCAUCUCUUAUUUCUAUUUGCCAGUGUUAGUAAGUGUUCUGCUGGCUUUAGAUUGUUACCUUUUUCUGGUUCCUUACUGUGUUUUAUUCAGAUGGGUCCUAGAAAUCCCUCUCCUGACCACUUGUCAGAUUCAGAAAGUGAGGAAGAAGAAAACAUUAGCUACCUAAAUGAGAGUUCUGGGGAAGAGUGGGAUUCCUCUGAAGAAGAGGACUCCAUGGUACCCAACUUAUCGCCUCUUGAGAGUCUUGCCUGGCAGGUUAAGUGCCUUUUAAAAUAUUCCACAACUUGGAAACCUUUAAAUCCUAAUUCCUGGUUGUAUCAUGCUAAACUCUUGGAUCCAAGCACACCAGUCCAUAUACUUCGAGAGAUAGGUCUAAGACUCUCCCAUUGUUCCCACUGUGUCCCCAAACUGGAACCAAUUCCUGAAUGGCCCCCUCUGGCCUCUUGUGGAGUCCCACCUUUUCAAAAGCCUCUUACAAGUCCCAGCCGGCUCUCUAGAGAUCAUGCCACUCUAAAUGGAGCACUGCAAUUUGCCACCAAACAGCUAAGCCGAACAUUGAGUAGAGCCACUCCCAUACCUGAAUACCUAAAACAGAUCCCUAAUUCUUGUGUUUCUGGGUGUUGCUGUGGCUGGCUGACUAAAACAGUUAAGGAAACAACUCGUACUGAACCCAUCAACACUACUUAUUCUUACACUGACUUCCAAAAGGCAGUUAACAAACUCCUAACUGCGUCACUGUAAAGAUCUACCAUUUGCUGUGAUAUCUCUGAUGUUCCGAAUUGAGAAAGGGGUACAAAGUUAGUCAUUACACAGCCCACUAAUGUCUUCUCAGUCAAACUAUCUUAUGCCCUGGCAAGCCAAAGAGGAUACCCUUUGACAAACCCUGUGGAUAAAAUAAUAUCAAGGCCAGGCGUGGUGGCUCACGCCUGUAAUCCCAACACUUUAGGAGGCUGAGGUGGGUGGAUCUCCUGAGGUCGGAAGUUUGAGACCAGCCUUGCCAACACAGUGAAAUCCCGUCUACUAAAAAUAGAAAAAAAAAAAUCAGCUGGGCGCAGCAGUGCAUAUCUGUAAUCCCAGCUACUCGUGAGGCUGAAACAGGAGAAUCACUUGAACCAGGGAGGCAGAGGUUGCAGUGAGUCAAGAUUAUGCCAUUGCACUCCAACCUGGGUGACGGAGCAAGACUCAGUAUCAAAAAAACAACAACAACAAAAAAUACCAAUGGAGAAUUAGUUAAGGGGACCAUAUUACAAAAGCUAGUUGAAUAUUCUUCACACUCACUUCUCACCCUACCCAUCCCAAUUUAUUCUGCCUUUCUGAAUGGCUUUAAUGAGAUAUCUGAUUAUUAAUGAAGAAAAGUAGACUACCACCCCUUUUGUUAUCCAGACUUCAGAACAGCCAUUAUUGAAAGCUAGAAGUUAGCUACCCACAGUAAUACCUUUCUGAACAUACCCUUCUCUAACAUGCAUUUCUAUAGAGGUAGUUGAAUUAAAUUGAGUAACUACACAAAGGAAAAUGGCAGGGAUGGGGAUUUCUUUCCCAGCUUUUAUAUAGAUGUGCCUACAUAGAACACUCUUUAGGGUUCCUUUUAUUUUUUCUUUUUUUGGCAGUGGGGUGGGAGCGGCAGGGAGGAGUACAAUUUUAAGCUUAGCCUGUACUACUACAAACUUAUUAUGGUACUUACAAUUACAUCAUGCACGUUCUAUAUCAGAGUCUGCCACCAGGCUGUCUCUGGCUAAAUCAGCCUAUAAGAUCAUCCCUUGGGAUUAAACAAACACCUGUUCUGUAGAGAAUAUGUUUCCUGAAUCUUGGUACUCAGACUUUUGUCAAGAGUAAAUAAAAUACCUUUCAAAAGAUUAAUGGAAAAUGAUUAAGAGAGCAUUUCUGCUUUCAGUAUUAACUGCUAAUGGAUUAAAAUUUUAAUCUGUAUAGCAUUUCCUGGAGUAAAAGUUCAAGUACUUUCCACAUCCAUUGCAAACGUCAGGAACCCUUCUAAUUUUAAAGAACCUUCUCAUUAGAAAAUCUCAGCCUAAUACAAUCUGAAGUUAAGAGUUUCAGCAGCAUUGUUUUUCUAAGUAGAUUUAGCUAUAGAUUUUCUUUUGGCCAAACAAGGAAGAGUAUAUGCCCUUGUAAAUAAGGCUUGUUUUUUUUUUAUUUAAAUGAGUCAGAACAUAGAAAUCAGUAUACGUGAAAUAAAAUGCAUGAGACUAUUAAAUCUUUUCAUACACUCUACAAAUAAAAUGAAAUCUGUGGUCCUGGUUGACAGGGAAUCAGAAAAGAGAUUGUGAAAAGUGUAUGUGUAUGUGUGUAUAUAUAUAUAUCCUCUUAUUUCAGUUUUGCUUUUUCCUAUUCUCCAUAAUUAAGUGCUGCUUACAAGGUGGCAUCAAAAAAUUGAAGCAGGCCAGGCACAGUGGCUCACGCCUGUAAUCCCAACACUUUGGGAGGCUGAGGCAGGUGGGUCACUUGAGAUCAGGAGUUCGUGACCAGCCUGGCCAACAUGGUGAAAACCCAUCUCUACUAAAAAUACAAAAAUUAGCCGGGCGUAGUGGCAUGCACCUGUAAUCAAUAGCUACUUGGGAGGCUGAGGCAGGAGAAUUGCUUGAACCUGGGAGGUGGAGGUUGCAGUGAGCCGAGAUCGCGCCACUGCACUCUAGCCUGGGCAACAGCAAGACACCGUCUCAAAAAAAAAAAAAAGGCAGUUAGGAAUCAUAAAUUGUGUAAAUAUAUAGCAAUUUUAAGAAGAGAGAAGAAUGCUUAUAACCUAAUGAAUAUUUCUGCUGAGCCUUAGUUGUCUAAAGGGAAAAAAGAGGAAAUUGUAAAUAAAAGUAUUUGUUAGUGGAAAGUAUUGACCUGAAACCAUAUCAUAUUGUUAGUGUAACCGAAUGUAUCAGAAAUUGUUCCUAUGUAGAUAUUCUGUGAAACUGGUUUCAAAAAUGUUACAGGAAACUCUCUCCUUUUUUUUUUGUUUUGUUUUGUUUUGUUUAAGGGGAGGUGGGAGGAGGUAGGCAAGAGGUCUGAAUAUUAAAAUAUGUUGAUGUUUAUGUGUUCAUAAUAUGUUCUUUUUUCUCUCUUGGUGUGUGUAUAAAAGUGCCUUGCUCAUGAAUGCAUUUUUGCUCUUCACUUCGAAAGGAAGCCUUUCCCCAGCUUGGCAGCUGAAUAAACCAAUAGCUUUGUACAUGUUGAA